GUGAAGUUCAGAUGUCCAUGGCUCUGGCCUCAGAAAGACCAGUCCAGGGCAGGAACGGCUACCCAAAAACCAUCCUAAAGUUGAAAGUGACACAUAUUUGGAAGAACAAAAUACAAAGACAGGAUUUUCCAGUACAUAUUCUCCUCCCUCCCUGGUUUUCCUCAAUCCCCAAGUGUACAAAUGUGCUGAAAGCUACCCAGUGAGCUGGCAGUACUCAUUAUUUGAAAACUAGUUAGCUAGUCAUUUGCUUCGGCAUUUUUGCACCCUAUAAGCUUUUACUUCAUCCCCACUAUGAAAACAUACAUAGGCUGACGUUGUUUGAUCUGGAUAUUCAUUUUCUGUCUCCUUUCUACAAAAUAAAGACCUAGACAGUAAAAUCUGAUCAAAGAAGAAGAGUAUAGAGCAUCUUCAGAGCACAGCGAUUCAACAGAGAGAGCAGGAUGGUAGGGUGUGGAUUAGAGCCACAGGCAGGGACACGAGGCAACGUGACGUGGGUUGGUGAACCUUAGAAACAGAGGGGAGAACCAACAUACCCUGGGAAAGCCAGGAAGACAAGAAGUCAGGGUCAGAAGGAAGGUCAGCCCCGCACAGAAACGAGGGACCCGAACCUUACAAUACAGCCGGAUAGAGAAAUUCUAGCUCGUUCUGCAGCCACCUUCCCCUAAGAAGUCCGAAAGCUGAGUUCCGGAGAAAAAGGAAAUGUCACCUCACGUUUGUUAGGAUGGCUCUUAUCAAAAAACAAAGGAUAGCAAGUGUUGGUGAGCACAUGAGGAAAUUAGAAUCCUUGUACACUGCUAGUGGGAAUAUAAAAUAGUGUAGCCACUACGGGAAACAGUAUGGAGGUUCCUCAAAAAUUAAAAAUAGAACUACCAUAUAAUCCAUCAAUCCUACUUUUGGGCAUACAUCCAAAACAACUGAAAUCAGGAUCUUGAAGAGAUAUCUGCACUCCCAUGUUUACUGUGGCAUUAUUCACAAUACCCAAGAUAUGGAAAUAACCCAAAGGUCUAUUGACAGACAAGUGGAUUUAAAAAAUGCAGUAUAUACACAUAAUAGAAUAUUACUCAGCCUUUAAAAAGAAGGAACUCUUCCCAUUUGCAACAGUAUGGGUGGACCAGGAAGACAUUAGGCUAAGGGAAAUAAGUGAGUCACAGAAGGACAAAUAAAUACUACAUGAUUCCACUUUUUAUUCUUGGCCUCUAUGAGUUUGACUAUAUGAGAUAUCUAACAUCGUCAAACUCAUAGAGGCAGAGAAUGAAUGGUGGUUCCCAUGGGGAGAGGAAAGGAGUAGUUGCUGUCAAUAGGUAUAAAGUUAUAGUUACACAAAAUGAAUACAUUUUAGAGAUCUGCUGUACAACAUUGUGCCCAUAGUUAACAAUACAUUAUGAUGCACUUUAAACCUUAAGAACACCUAGCACAAGAUCUAUCCUCUUAACAUGCACAUCUUCACACACACACACACACACACACACACAAGGAGACACAGAAAACUUUGGAAGGUGAUAGAUAUACCUAAUACCUUAAUUGUAGUGAUGAUAUUACAGCUGUGUGUAUUAUGUCCAAACUCAUUAACUAUAAAUGUUGACCAUGUGCAACUUUUUGUAUAUUAUGCAUCCCUCAAUAAAGCCAAGAGAAAAAAAGGAAACAUCAAAAUUUCAUGACUUACUUUUCUUCCUCAGAACAGUUAUUUGUUUCCCAUUGUAAAGUCUAGAAAAGGGGUUAUGAUUUGAGGGAUGUGCCCUCAAAAUCUUUUUAUUCUCAUUCUAGUGAUCCUAUUUCACAUUCAAAACUUUUCUGCCCACUUGACACACAAUGAACGAGCCAUUAAAAUGCAGCUUUAUCUUCCCAGAUCACCAAAAGGAAUGUGAACAUAUAAGAAUCAUUCUCACGCACGGGCAGCCAUGAUAUGCCAUGCAGAAUGAGACUAACACAUAUACCAUCUUUGUAUCAUUAUGGCAGCUUUCUUUGAGGAAGCUAAAGCAAGAGAGGCACCUGAGAAGCGAUUCAGGAAGAGCUGAUGGGAUGCACCCUAACAUAUCGGGACAGGAAACAAUGUUUUCCAUCUGUUUUGAAAAGCUUAACCAGGAAAACAAACUUGGCUUAUUUGAUAAUUGCCUAUUUAUUAGGACAAACAAUGACAAGGAAAGAAUGCUGUAUUUGAUGACAACAGCUCCUUAGCAGGGUAUAAAAAGGGAACUGAGAAAGGAGAUUUCCAGACCUUCCAAACCCACCUUCCUGAAGACACACCCAGAACCUCCACCCACCAACACCAUGGUCAACUCUUGUGGCUCCACCUGCUCUGACCAGGGCUGUGGCCUCGGCCUCUGCCAGGAGACCUGCUGCCACCCCAGCUGCUGCCAGACCACCUGCUGCAGGACCACCUGCUGCCGUCCCAGCUGUGGUGUGUCCAGCUGCUGCCGCCCCUCCUGCGGCAUCUCCAGCUGCUGCCGCCCCUCCUGCUGGGGCUCCAGCUGCUGCAGGCCCAGCUGCGGCAUCUCCAGCUGCUGCCGCCCCUCCUACUGUGGCUCCAGCUGCUGCCGCCCCUCCUACUGUGGCUCCAGCUGCUGCCGCCCCUCCUGCUGUGGCUCUAGCUGCUGCAGGCCCAGCUGCUGCAUCUCCAGCUGCUGCCGCCCCUCCUGCUGUGGCUCCAGUUGCUGCAGGCCCAGCUGCUGCAUCUCCAGCUGCUGCCGCCCCUCCUACUGGGGCUCCAGCUGCUGCAGGCCCAGCUGUGGUGUGUCCAGCUGCUGCCGCCCCUCCUGCUGCAUCUCCAGCUGCUGCCGCCCCUCCUGCUGUGGCUCCAGUUGCUGCAGGCCCAGCUGCUGCAUCUCCAGCUGCUGCCGCCCAUCCUGCUGAUGCCCUAGCUGCUGUGGCUCCAGCUGUUGCUGCCCCUGCUGAAGCUUGUGUCCAGUCUGUGACUGGGUCUCCUGCCACAACACUUGUUACCGCCCAACCUGUGUCAUCUCCACCUGUCCGCGCCCCACGUGCUGUGCCUCCUCUUGCUGCUGAAUCUCUGCCUAUAAUCUCUGUAACAUGAUGGGUGUCCACCUGCUGCUGCCCCUUUUGCUGCAUUUCUAGUUGCUGCUGCCUCAGCUGCUGUCAGACCACCUGCUGCAGAACCUAGUGUUGCCACCCCAGUGCAGGGUAUCCAGCUGCUGCAGUGUGUCCAGCUAUUGCCAGAACACCUGCUGCCAUGCAGUCUGCUCUAGUGGUUCUUGCAGCUCAAAGCCCUGGCUUGCACCUACCCGUCUUCCAUCAACCAAUCUUGAUGUAGUCCAACUGUGAGCUGAAUCAUGACAGGCCAAUUGUAAAACCUCAGUUCCAACUGAUUCUUAAACUGAGUUUAACCUCCAAAUAUCCUGCCCAUCCCCACCAUGUUACUCUCUCCCAAAUGAACACAAAGUUUGAACUUUCUCUGAAAUCUGUCAAGCAAUAUGUCAUCUCACUUGAUAUAUUUGCUUCCUGCCAGAUUUUUCUCAUAUGGAGAUGUUCCUAUAUCUUAAAUAAAUCUCAAUUUUCCAUGCACACAAAUAUAAGAGUGCCAUGUCUCAUUAUUUUUCCUUCUUGAAUUGUCAUUGUUAGCUGUCAAUAGUUAGCUUUCUCUGCAGAAAAAGCAGGCUGCAGUAGGCGAUUUCAGGAUUCCCACCUCUAUCCCCUCAGCACUCCUCAUUCUAAUACAGGAAGAUGAUUUCUUAUAGCAAGCAUCUGGAACUCUCUGCCUGAAGACUUUCUCUGGAUGAAGGAGCAAGCUCUGGGCAGGCCAGAGGAAGGAGUUAAAGUCUCUAGGGGGUAGUGUUCAACCAAUGGUCAGGAGCCAGUGGAUAAAUGCCCUGGCUUCUUUCCCCUCAAGUCAGGGCAUGUUGUACCAGCCCCCAUACAUCUUUAGUGGAAUUGAGCCCCAGCUGCCUAUGGGAGUAAUCUGCUGUUGAAAUCAUUAUAUUUUGGCUCCCAUCCUGUCCCUGGAUCACUUCCCAGGUGCCCUAACUGUGCUUCUUAGGAUCACUUCUCAAAUAAACUGGUUGCUCUUAAACCCCUGUUUUUAUAACUUACCGACUUGAUGUUGCCAUAUGCUGUUGGUUAGAAGCAAGUUACAUGACGCAAGGGAAUUAUGUAAGUCCAUGAAUACCAAUAGGCAGAAAUCACUGGGCCAUCUGAGGGGCCGCCUACCCUAACUUUUAUGUAAUAUUGAGUAAAAGAAUCAAAACACAUAUAGUAAGAUUCCAUUUACAUAAAAUUCAGAAACAUAUAACACUGAACUAUAUUGUUUAUGGAUGCACACCUAGUGGUAAAUUAGGACAGCAACUAUCUGUAGGGUUGAAGAAGGGAGAUGUGGUCAAGGAAAGACUAUCACAGACCCUCUUGGUAAUAGCAAUGUUCUAUUUCUUGAUGUGGGCUUUGGGCAUAGAGAUGUUUGCAUCCUAAUUUAUUAUUUUGUAUCUAUAUGUUUUAUACACUUUGAAGUAUAAUUGUGUUUUUCAUAAUGUUUUUAUAAAUUCAUGGUGAACUGAAAUGCUUACUUCAUUUAAAAUUUAAAAAGAAAGAUCAGAUUAAGCAGUGAUUAAAGAUAGUUAAAGAACAAAGAGAAAAUCAAUUAAUAGUAUAUGGGCAUUUAUAUUGUUUUAAAUAUUGCUGUAUUACACAUACUACUUAAUAUCAACUGGUAAUAUUAAUAUGUUCUCAUAAAUAUUUUAAUAGAAUUCAAUUUUUAGUAUGGAGGACCUUAAUUGAACGAAAAUGUGUUAAUUUCCUUAUCACUUAUCCAUGCCUAUUAUUGAUAUCUCUCUUUAGAUAUUACACAGUAAAUCACUAUAAUUUAUCUAGUGGUAGUGCGUUUUAGCUACAGAUAAAAUACAUUCCAGGCAUUUAUAAAAAUAAUGAUGAGCAUUAAAGUAACAUAUGUCAUACCUGAUAAGAAAAGCCUUUUUUGCAUGCCGUUCUUUAAAGGAUACAUCAACAUGAUGUGCCAAGUUUCCCUCGGAGACACAGCACAGGUUCUGUGACGGUGAUGGCGAAUAUCAAUUGGGUCGUCCAAAUUUCCUUGAUGUUUACCUAAUUAAGGUCUUUUUAUUACAGAAUUCUAAAACAACAACAAAACAUGUAGUUUAAAAAUAAAAAGUACACCAAAGUGAAAAAUUAUACUCCCUCUACUCUAUGUAACAAAAGACAUACAGUUAAGGUAGAUCAUAGAUAAUUUGUGUUUAUGAUCUCAAUAUUAUUUAUAAAUUCUAUUAGACUAUGGGUAAAAAUUUUAGCAAGGAGUAUACAGACUGAUAGCUAUUCUGGUUUUGAUUUUCAUUAAAAAAGAAAAAAACUCAUGUGCUUUCUAUAGUAAUUUCCCAUUGUGCUCCAGGCCCCAUUGUUUCAUUUUCAUCCACGUAGGACUUUUGGUUUUGGUAUUUAAGUGAUCUAAAAGAGUAAAAAGAAUUAUCUAUGGUUCAGUCUGAAGUUGCUCAAAGUAGUGUUUCUAAUUCAGGAUUAUUUUAUUUAGAUGUUACUGUCUUGUCAAUGGGUUUCAUCCCUGGGCAAGUUAGCUAUGGAUUCAGUGAGACCGAAAAAAUGACAAUGGAACAUUCUUGGGGUGAAAGGGUUUUUACCCAACUUUAUUCCCAUGGUGGCAGGUCAGUCACUAGAAUCCCAUCCACUCAGAGCGAGUCUGCAGGCAGCAAGCCAGUCCCUGCCUCUGGGCCUCUCUGCCCCCACAGCUGUCUCAGGCUCUGUCCUUGACACUGCCACCACUCCAGUCUCUGCUCUCCUGCAGCCAUGUGGCCAUGCCACCGUGUUGCCCAGAGCACUGGGCGGAGCUCUUUAUAGAGUCAAUAACAACGUAUUGCCCACAUGUGUAUAGUGAGCUAGCCGACCAGGGCCAGGUGAGAAUCCUGGCCAUAGGAACCUUCACUUGAUCCACACUCCACCCCUCCAGGAUUCUUGCCUCUCAAUCUAUGCGCCCUCAAUCCUCUGCAAUGGUCCCUGUGCGAGGAAGCUGGAACAUUGUAACCAAAUUCCACAAUAACAUAAUACAAUAUACAAAUAACAAAUUAUGACAAAUUAUAAUAACCCUCAAGCCUGAGGAUAUCCACUGCCACCAAGUAGUCAUCCUGGCUGUAUUUGAACCAGUUCUGCUCACAUGAGUUUAUCAGAAGAACCAUGGGUGGGCCUUACAAUACCCACCUUCUCCAGCCUCCCCAGCAGGAAGUCUUGCAGACACACAGGCUGGUCUUGUUUCUUUGUCUCCGGCUUUUGCUUUGUCUUCAGCAGCCGAACCGCUGCUCUGGUUUCAAUUGUUGCCACAGCUCCAGUAAGAGUCUAUUAUUUGACUUUCCACCCAAUUUCUGCCUGUCUGCUCCUGCGUUUAUCAAAUCAUCUGGGUCCUUUGAGUAGCAGACCGUAUUUCCUUUUGUGCUUUCAUUGCUUGAGCCUGAGGAUGGAAGCAGAGCCAGAGUGCUCCAUGACCUGGGGAGGGGGCUGCACCUCUCCCGGAGGAACCCGUGGUUGCUGAGUCUUUCUUUCUGGCUCUCCACCAGCUUUCAACCGGGUGGGGUUUCAACCGAGGAGAGGCUGAUGCCUCCAGCACCUGCAGGGCCUCCGCCCCUUCC